AUGUGCAUCGGAAUCCGAGCUACUGGAGGUGCAAUCAACCCCAAGAAGUCCUUUUGGUGGCUCAUCGAUUUUGAUUGGGACUCCCGCACAGGCAAAUGGAAAUUUUGUGGGAAAAAAGCAGUUGCCCCCGACUUUGAACUCCCAAUUCAAGGUCUAUCAGGUGCUACUGAAUCUCUGCGUCGUCUUGAACCAGAUGACUUGGAACGCACUUUGGGAGUUAUGCUUGCUCCUUUGGAAAACCUUAAGGCUCACGAGGUUCAGAUGAUUGCUAAAGCCAAGGAUUGGGAAGAACAGCUUCGACCCAACCUUCUUCACAAACAUGACGUCCUCCCCCUCAUCAGGUCGACCAUCAUGAAGAAAUUGGAGUAUCCUAUGGCGCUAACCACCCUGGACGCCCAGCAAUGGACAGACAUUAUGUCUCCGGUAUUUCAAGUGUGCCUUCCAAAGGCGGGUGUCUGUCGUAAUUUCCCUUGGGAUGUCAUGGCCAACAGGACCAAAACUGGUGACUAUAUGGAGGCCAACUUCCAAGCCCAUCAACUUGAAACGGGGACAUCCUUUGGACUCUUGCAACAAGUCUACACCAACACGGCAAUCUUAGCUUCAGACACGUGGAUGAAACGAGUAUGGCAUGAACUCGAGGGUCUGGACAUCUAUGUCGCCUGUGACUCUCCUGCUCUCUCCCAUCGCUGUACGGACGACUCUCUUCUGAUGGAUCUCUUCAUCAACUUGGAGGUUGAACAAGAGGAACUUUUAUGGCUCAAUUGGUGUCGAAUGUUCCUCCAGGUAUGCACAGUGUCUGACAUUGUGACUGCUGAUGGCAGGUUUAUUCGUCGUUCCGCGUGGAAUGGGCCCAGGGAUGAGUGCUGCCACUUGCCAUACCAAUGGCCAAGGACCGUUUGCCCAACCCGCCAACACUGGGACCUGUGGCAGACCACCUUGUCUAGAGCCCUGCUUGCCUCCAACGGGCCACAUCACCCACUACAACAGCCUUUAGGGCCCUGGACUGAUCCUCUGGAGGACUGGAAUUGGUUGCUGUCACCCACUACAGGUUUUUUCCACCGCCAUGGGGCAACCUGGAAACAUUUUUCUCCUGAGGGCUCCUCCACCACGUCACGUCGCCAAGCACCAGCGCCUUCACAUCCUUCCUGCGCAUGGUGGACCGCACCGCUUCCCUCUGAUGUUCUUCGCGCUACGGUUCGCCCCAUCACGGGAUCUGACAGUGUUCUUCUCAGAGGUACUGGCCGUGCCUCUGAACCGCCCCCUCCCAACAGCCCAUCCAUCCUUCAAGCAUGGCAGACGGCUGCCGAGCUUUGCAGGACUAUUACGGGUGGGUUCCAGAUUCAAGGUGCGGAAGCCACCUUAGCUGAUGCUCUGUUGGAAGGUCGCCUGCGCGUGAUCAGCGAUGGAUCCUUCAAGAACGAGUUAGGGACCGCGGCGGUUCAACUCUUGGUGAAGCAUGGAGGGUGCCAUCGAAUCAUCAUCCGGUGUCAGACCCCCGGUUUGCCCCAGGAUCAGAGCCCAUACUGCAGCGAACUCGUUGGUCUGUUGGCCGGUAGAAUGGCGGUUGAUUGGCUCCUUAAGCAAUGGUUCCCAAACCUUUCGACAUGCCCCAAGGUGCGGAUUGCUUGCAAUGGUCUCUCUGCCAUUGAGAUAGCUUUUGAAGAUCGCCCACUGUCUCCAACUGAUGCCCAGUUUGACUUGGUGUCAUCCAUUUGGGAAGCUAUCCUUCGGUCCUCGGUGGAUUGGUCGUCCCAGCACGUGUAUGGACAUCUCGACAAGUCCAAUCUCUUUGACAAACUUUCUUGGUGGGAGAAACGGAACCUUGAGGUGGAUGGAAUGGCGGUGGAGUACCGUAAGGAACUUGAGAUGGCCAAUCAUCUCAUAGCCCCCAAUCCUCGUUUCUUCAAUGAACUUGAGGCACGUGGCGGACACCAAACAGUCUAUGGCUCUCACUUCCUACCAAGAGACGCUAUUUUCCAAAUUUCCAUUGAGAGUUUUGACUUUCAUGAGGUGGUUGAUGUUUCCUUCCUUGAAUCCUGCUUUUUCCCGACGGCGCAGCUCCUUCUUCGCUUGUGCAAGACAUCUUUUUGGUAA